AUGGACGAGCACCUUCCGACCGACGAUAAGGCGUGGGAUAUGGAUGAUAGCUCAAGGGCAUACCAGCGACCAGUGUCUUCACCCUUGUCGGAAGCACAGUCGCCAUUUGCCCGGCUCUGCCAGUCAGCACUCCUGGCGGGACGAGCGCUUCAACACCACGCUGAUCUAGAGCGACGCAAAAUCAGUGGGGCGCGAUACGAUUUUACCGACGUUGGGCGGCUCCUUGAGGAUGCGCACGUGCUAUGUAAAGCAAUGGGUCAUGACUUCACAUCCGACCCAGCAUCAUAUUUUCAUCUGGUGGCAGCCCGAUGCCUCAACUUCAAUGCCGUACUGCGGAUGCUGGGCAUGUAUGCAACGGGUGAGUCGCUGCGCGGCGUUGGGUCCGAGUGGAACGAAGAGGAGAUGGCGCUUCAGAUGACGGCCAUGGACGGCGUCAAGAAGACAGCAGCUCUAGUGCGCGACUUUGCCGCCGAUUUAUUUGCCUUUAUCUCGCUCGAUGAGGACGUGGUUAAAACGCCGCCCAUUGUGCUAGACGCCUUUUACCUGGCGUCCAAAGCCCACCACGAUGCAUGGAAAGAAACGGGCGACCCAGUCGCUGAGAGUAGCCUCGAGACCACCCGAAAGUGCCUCGUUCGCCUCAGUGGUCGAUGGCGCCUUGGCAAGGAGUUGCUGGACAUGCUCGAGACCCAUGAAAUGAAUUAUAUUGUCGGCGCCAAUUUCCAUGACGAUAAACUGGGUGGUAUCCCAUUGGUGUACCCAGUCAUGUCGUAG